CAGAAUCAAGUAAAAACCAAGUGGGAGGAUUUGAUUUGGGGUUAGCAAGUGCCAUCUUGAGAGACUGCAGGCCAGUGAUGAAAGUUUGUUUCUUUGCAGGAAGAAGGUAAAAAAUAAAGGCGUGUAUUAUAAAUUACAGGUAGAGCUGCUGCCUGAUCCUUGAGGAAGGGAGAGAAUAUGGUUUCCAUUAUGACAACUCUGUGGCAAUUAAUUAUUCCCAUGAUUGUCCUGUCCCACUUCUCAGCAUCUCUGCCAUCCUGGGAGAGGAUGGAGCGCCACGCGGACGGGCUGUUCCACAGCGAGCUCAGCAAGAUGAACAGCAAUGCCUACGUGCAGCAGUUGGUCAAGCACCUCGUGGGGCUCAAGGACAGGUCCCUGAGGCACUCGGACGGGCUGUUCACCAGUGAGUACAGCAAGAUGAGAGGCAAUGCCCAGGUUCAGAAAUUCAUCCAAAACCUCAUGGGCCGCAAGCGCAGCUCUCCUGGCCCAGUCAACACAGACAUGCAGGAGAGAGAGGGAGUAAACAAACCUGAGGAACUUUGCUUUCUCUGGUUGUACCAGAGCUUUCUGAACACCAGCCGCUCGGACAAAGAUGCCAGAGAGGCUGCUGCCAUCACCAGCCAGUACAUUUGCCCCUUCUCUAAGCAGCUGGUUGCAGACCUGAAGGAAGAUAUAAAUGGUUCUGAAUGAAGGUGAAAGGAAAAAAACAGCCAAGGAGGCAGCUUUGCACAUGUAUGGCCUUGAAAAUAAACAAGGAAGCUCUUGCUUAGGAAACACUGUUGAGAUAGUCAAAUAAAUAACAAUAAUCCUGUAAAGCAGUCAAAAACCAAUGAAACCUCUGAGAUUAUCCAAAGUGAAAUGUAUGUGGGUGUGUACUGCUGUCAGUAGAUGGAGCCUGGGUGAAGCACAUCCCUUCCACUCUGUGUUGGCAUCUGGCUGCUUGCCUCUGAUCCCAAAUAAAAAUGGUUAGCUGUG